CGUUGAUGGCCGUUUAAUAAUAACAUACAAGGACAAGGGGGAAAGACUCCAAGCUGGUCUUGGUUGUGCCCAGACAAAGAAUUUGACAAUGCUACCUUCAUAACAGCCACAGGUGCAGGGAUGGACCCUGCUGUGAUGUCCAUACUGUUAUGACUCCCAAUAAUCUGUCUUGGACUAGUCCAGGCCUUGGGACGAUCUGGAGGACCUCAUGGCAAACCGAUGGGGUUGCGGCCCUGGGAGCGCCCAUGUCCAUUGUUAGGCGAGUUCUAUCUUGAACAAGUUCGGGUGCCCUCCUUUGUUUCACCUUCAAAAAGGAUCAUCUAUUCUCUGAACUGAUAAUAGCAGGCUGCUGUCUCCGGCACUCUGCCAUGUUGAAACUCCGGUUUCAUCUUCCUGUUAAACCGACGAAUCUGUGACCCUUAUCUUUGUCUUGCUCACUGUCCAGCAGAAGGGCCCAAAACGGAUCUUGCAGCUCUAAGCCACUCGUUCUUUGGACGCGUUUUGUCUUUCCUAUUGGUACAGCCAUUUACUCGUCUCUCUCUUCAUUCAAGGACGGUUGUUUAUCCAAUCCAUCUUUCUCACCACUGUCGUUAUUCCUAAUAGCUUUGCCCCCGAAACUUCCACAACUUCAGGGCAACAAACGCUUAUACUAAUUUCUGAUUUCUGCGUAUUUACCCUAAGCAGUCUAUUGUACCUUUACAAUAACUGCUGCCUGUGACUAUGCGUUGUCUUACGAAAAGACGCGUGCAGAGGAGCGAGCCGAAAUAAAGAUACGUCGUUUCGAAUGAGGCGAGCACCCUCUAGAUCAAAGAAAUACCCUUGCCGAGUUUGGAGUCUUUUUGGAUUUAGUUCUCGGCAGUACGAGGUAAAGGAUAGACCACCCGGUCUUUCCAAACAUAUCCAUCAAAAUGUCGGCACUCUUGAGUUUUAGCCCGCCAAAGCAGAAUGGAACAACCUCCAGUGUGGCGGAAACCAGUUGGCUUCUUACAGAUGAUACAGUUGGACCUCCAUUGCGUCAGAAACCAUUGGAAACGAUCUUUGAAUUUCAAGAAUCAGAUGAAGAGUCCUCAGCAGAGGAGGAAGAUGCUUUGAUCUCUCCUCUAUCCGAUCGAUCCAAGAUAUACCAACAGCAAGAUAGUGACAUCACCAGGCUCGAUAAAGAUGCCUCCGCAAGGCUUUCUGUAGUAUCUCCAGUUGAUACGCGCGGGCCAGCACCUGCGUAUCCCGUCCCACGCAAUCAAUUGGAAGAUCACAAUCCAAGCAAUGGGCUUACCGAGCCGAAUGUACAGAUGAAUGCGCUUGCUUCCUCAUCCGACGAAAGUUUCGAUAUAGCCUCAUUAUCAUGCUAUAGCCGCAGGACCUCUGUGGCAAGUCUGGAACCUGAAUAUCCUGGAGCAGAUCGGUCCAUAAGGUAUCCGAUCAUUUCUCCUGUCGUAGCAGGCGUUUUUGAUGAUGCACCGCCCUUAUCACCUGUCUUUCAAGUGAGGGGCUUGUCAAGAGACGGUUCUCCGAAUGAGUCCCCGCCUCUGGAACCUCCAAUUCAAAUGCAACCGUUGUCAUUCCGUCAAUACGGCUCUUCUGAAAUCCGGAGGAGCGACUUAUAUGCCUCUAAAGAGUAUAGUCAAAUCCCAAGGAGUCAACUCUAUCCAAGGAGCCCUACAUUAUUGCAGGCAACAGAAGAUCUCGAGGAUAUUCUUGCUGAUUUUACGAAGAGUACAUCUAUUCAACCAGAAGAAUCGGGGGCUAUUGACAAACCUUCGAAGGUAGACCCACGGGACAUUAAUAUGACCGCCGAAAUGUUCCCACUUCAGAAGUGCCCCCAAAAUAUUUCGGAGGACAUUUCGCACGAAGCGUCUUCAUCGGUAUCCAGACCAUUGGAUAGACGUCAAGCCAGCAAAGUCGAAUUUUCAGAUGAUGCGCAUCAAACAAAAAAGCUUGGGAAGAGGCACAAGGUGCAUUUCACCUUCCCACCUUUUGUGAAGGGCUGGAAACAGGUGCAUGGCUAUGAUGCCAAUCGAUCUCGUAGUACCCCAGAUUUGCUAUCCAAAACGCGCGAUCAAAGAUUCCACACUGAGGAUAACGAGGACUCGAACACCACCGAUGUGAAAGGGAAAAAGGGCUUAUCCAAGCCUCUUAGUAUCCUAGGUGUGGAUUUUUAUCCUUUUAGAGGCGCUGAAGAAGGACCCCAUCAACUUUCUCGACUGAAAUCCUAUGGCUCUAAGUCUCUGGAAGACUGUGUUGGAUCAUUUACCAAUUCUAUGCAGCAGGCAGGUGAGAAAAGUGGACAAAGCAUAGUGAAACAUGCCAAGCAAAGGUCUGGAGAUGGGCUCGAUAAUAUCUUCAAGGAAAAGAUAUUUGUCUCCUUAAACAAGCCCCAAUUUCCAGCCGACUUUGGCUAUUCCACAGCACCAGAGAUACUUUAUGAGCUCGAUGCGGGACUUCCAUCUCCAGCCGUUGAGAGAUCCGCUUCGCGGAAGCCCAUAUGUGACUUCCCGACUAACACGCCUGAUGAAGCGGUUUUCUUGAUUCUCAAGAAUGUUCAUUCGCUAAAUGAUCUUUUCAGCAUCGCAGUCAUCAAUAGACACUUUUACCGCAUUUAUAAGCAAUACGAGUUGCAUCUUAUGAAAGAAGCACUCUUCAAGAUGUCUCCGCCAGCUUGGGAGUUUCGGGAAAUGAGCCCCCCGUGGGAUACUGAGUGGCAGCUGUUGGUAGAUCCCGAUGCCCAGGUUCCCGAAUAUACUCCUGCCUUAUAUCUGCGCCGCUAUGCUCGCGACAUCUACACGUUGGUACAAUUGAAGUCGCUUAUUUUAGCCCGCUGCGGACCGUUUCUUCGGCGCGACACAGUCCAAGGCCUUGCCGGCGUGGAUAGCAUCCAGGCAGCGGAGAUCGACGAUGCCUUCUGGCGCAUAUGGACAUUUUGCCGGAUUUUCGGCUGCGGUAAGAAUAGAGAAAACGACGUGAUCGGCCAGCUGGAUUGGCUGAGAGGGGGCCCGAUGGCUACCGGCCAGCGUAAGAAUAACUUGAGCUUCUCGUCUGCGUCAGUCACAGACCCGUUCGGUAUUAAUAAUGUGUUGUUGGAACCACCUGCUGGAUUCGGGAGAGGUAAUGAAGGUGGCUUAUCGCCGAAGCAGCUAUACGACAUGACUGAAAUUUGGACAUGUCUUGGUGUCCUGCUCCAGCCGUUGCAUGGAAAAUGUGCCGAAGCUCGACAAGCAGGGAUAUACAAGGGCCACGAUGUUUCAGUUGGUGAUACUGCGAAGGAGGAAAGGGUAUUAGAGGAAUGGACCUACUAUGUUCUUACCCUCGGUCUAUCGGCAGUCUUAUACCUAAGUUCUGUCUGCCCUUUCGAAAGCGCGGCCGCAACCUUGCAAAGAGCCCGAGAAAUCAGCCUGACCAGAUGGGAGCUUCCUGAAGAAGGAACCAGCCGUUCUGCAUUUCUCAAGGAAGCUGUUUCAAGGGCGUUUGAGUCGUUGCGGAAAGACCAGGAAUAUAGGGCAAGCUUGUCAUCUAGGCAGCAAACUCAGCGACAGCGGUCGAAGCGUUCAUCCCAGGGUGGUAAUCAUGCCAGCCACAGUGCGAGAUUCUCAGCAAGGCGUCUUUCUCGCCAGAUCAAUAAUCCUCGGAAUGUCGGUGUCCGUCCAAGUAUGAGAGUAUGCGAAUCCGAGCAAGAUCUUCGUCUAAGACGAGCUGCUUUCGCCUCACAAGUUCGCGAGCAACAGUACCAGCAACAGCGACAGGUGGUCGAUCAUGGCCAAGGCAGGUUAUCAUUUUCUUCAGAGCGUCCUUUGUCUAAUUUUUCGACCAUAAUUAAUUCCCUACUAUGAUGAUUUCGGUGGGAAUGUCGGGAGAUUCAAUUCAGCUAGUGUUGCAUCACAUCAAUCUUUCCUUUACUCGAGCACUUCACCCGUUUUGAUAUCACUUUUCAGUGAAGAGAUUCCAUACAGAUACAUUGAGGCAACCAUCUUGGAGCACGUUUCAUAUACAGCAGUCACACUGUUCUCAUAUAGAAUGCCAU